UGUCCUGUACUUACCCCUGUCAGCGUUUACUGCAAUCUCAAUCAUUGAAUAUUGAGCAUCCAUGGCGGCAUAUAUACAAGACUGUGUUAUGCUCUUCGGCGAUUCAAUUACUCAGGGCGCCUGGGAAGAUGGAGGAUUCGGCCAACGCCUAUCUCAUGUAUACGCGCGAAAGCUAGAUAUCCUGAACAGAGGAUUGUCUGGAUAUAAUACGGAAUGGGCCAUCCCAGUGUUUGAACAAUGCUUCGCCAAACAACAUGAGCAGGAACAUGUUCCCAAAGUUCGCAUUCUCACUAUCUGGUUUGGUGCCAACGACGCUUGUAUCAAACCGUCCCCCCAGCAUGUCCCACUGGGAAAAUUCACCUCUAAUCUUAAGCAUCUGAUAGACCUGGUGCAUUCUAGCAAGUCACCCCAUUAUUCCCCCGAUACCCGAAUUAUUCUUAUCACACCUCCACCGGUGAACACUUAUCAACGGAGUGCUGAUUUACAGUCCAGAACUCCACCGUUGGCACUUGAUCGUUUAUUCGAAACAACCAAGCAAUAUGCUCAAGCGGUGAUAGAUGUCGGAAGAGAAGCCGACAUACCUGUCGUAGAUGUUUGGGCGGCGCUCUGGAACGCUGCAGGUCAAGAUGAAGCGGCGCUGAGCAAGUUCUUGUCUGAUGGUCUCCAUUUGAACCGAGACGGAUAUUCGAUCAUGUACGAGCUCUUGAUAGAUACCAUUGCGACAAAAAUGGCAGAGCUCCACUACAACAAUCUUCAACCUGUCUUUGCGCCGUGGGCUGAGAUCAAUUGGGCGGCACCAGGGGCCACAUUGAUGAAGCGAAAGGCCGAGGUUUGAACCGAGAAUUCGGUUUGGAUGUUGCAUCUGAAAUACAUACCAGGCGGCGUAUUUGUGCGUAUAAAAAAUAGAUGAACAUUAUCAUUCACCGAGUUCUUUCCGGGAAUUGCGCGGUCCAACAUUAUGUUCGGCCGACAAACGUAAAUGAACAUGCGGGUUAUUUGAGUUUUUGACCGCGCUGGCAAAGUAAGGUCCAGGGAAAACCAGAAAAACGUGUACGGGCACCGGGGGG